CUGCACGAUUUUAUGCUGUAAAUGAAUCUGCGACCUCGAAACGCAAGUCAUACGCCGCUUGAAUGUUGUACAAUGUACAUGUCACAUGGGGAUCUUGUAGUGAGGACAGACGACUGUAACUGCUGGUUGUUCUGAGGAUGUUGAGAUUCGGCUGCCUCAGAGGAUUCAAAUGGCAUGUGAAGUCAUGGAGCAUCCUGGGGUCAACAACGAGAAAAACAACUAACCUUUUACAUCAGUCCCACUUUAGAACAUCAGCUCGAUGUUUUCCUCCACCGCACUACCGUCUACCACCUUUAUUUGGAGAACAAAGAGCUUUUUACUCUCAAGGCUCCUCUAAAACUCCAAACUCGUCACCAGGGAUCAAACUGCGUACACGUUUGGUGGUGUCGCUGCUUUUCGGAGGUGGUAUUAUUGGUACCUGGUGGUAUGUGUACCAUGAGAAACAACAGAGGAUCCGGAUGCAGAGACUGGAGCAGUUGAGGAAAGUGGCUGUCGGACAGGGAGACUUCCAUCUGUUGGAUCACACAGGACAGCGCAGGACCAAACGUGACUUCCUGGGCCAAUGGGUGCUCUUGUACUUUGGCUUCACCCACUGCCCAGAUAUCUGCCCCGACGAACUGGAUAAAAUGACCAACGUGGUGCGUAUUCUGGAUAAAGACCCUAGCCUACCCCCUGUCCAGCCACUUUUUGUCACCGUUGACCCUGAGAGAGAUGACGUGGCCGCUAUGGCCAAGUACGUGAAAGAUUUCCAUCCACGGCUGGUUGGAUUGACAGGUACUGCGGAAGAAGUGAAGCAGGCAGGACGGGAUUAUAGGGUUUAUGCCAGCGCUGGUCCUAAAGAUGAGGAUGGGGAUUAUAUUGUGGACCACACCAUCAUCAUCUACCUGGUUAACCCAGACGGACUCUUCCUGGACUACUACAAUAGAAUGAAAAAUGACGUCCAGAUUGCUGAGAGUAUACGUAAUCACAUGAAAAAUUAUGUUAAAUUAUUUCCAGAUUAAUCUGAGGAGAAAUACGUGUUUGCACAAUAAAGCUCUAUUUCACAAGGAUGAUCAA